GAAUAACAUAAAAAUCCAUUGUGUCGAACGGAAAACGGUUUCAAAGUCCUUCUUCGCAAAGUGUACUCGAAAGUGUCAUAAAGUAUGCGAUUAUCCUGUAAACAAAGUGUAAAACGCGCAACCGAAAACAGCAGCCAAGGUCUAGAGUGAAAGCCAGAAAGCAAACAACAAACAUAACUCAACGGAUUUAACGACUCUAAAAGCCAUCAUCAGCAGAAGAAGGAGUAUAGAACUACCAGGACCCCAGGCUCACAACUAUAGCAUCCGGAUCUGAGCACAUCGUAUAAUGAUUGCGCAAGUGAGAUGACGCCACUGCAAGUGAGAAGGAUACGUUAGGAGCGCGGCGGCGUUGACUAUGGGAACAGAGGCAUGGGCGUGUGCGCGGACCUUGGGUCUCAUCGAUGGUGUCGGGCACUGAGCCAGAGCCAGAGCCAGAGCCGGCACACCCAGCAUCAGCAACCGAAGAAGCUCCAGUCACAGUCCCAGCUCCAGUUCCAGGAGCAGCAUUCCCAGCUCAGAGAAGGAUCAGCAGGAUCAGCGAUUGACGCGACAACAACGAUUCCCGCUACCGAAACGCUGACGGCAUCGCCAGCGAAAACGGCAGCUUUCACAGUGAAAACAACGAGGAGAAGACGCCGACGAAGGGACAUUCCCAGCUCCAGUCACAGGUUCACCUGCUCCACCGCCCAGGUGCUCCAGUUUGUGCUGGUCACGUUGCUGGCCCUUCUGGCGAAAGAUGCACAGGCGCACAACAUACCAGAAGAUGCCGUUCACAUUACGGCCAUACUUGGCGAGGGCGUCAUCUUCAACUGCCAUGUGGAGUUCCCCAACGACCAUCCCGUGCCAUAUGUCCUGCAGUGGGACAAGAAGGUGAGCGAAACGGGCUCCGAUCUGCCCAUAUACAUCUGGUAUGAGAGCUAUCCGGAGCACAUCGAGGAGGGCUACAAGGGACGCGUGUCCCGCGUGUCGCAGGACUCGCCCUUUGGCUCCGCCUCGCUCAACCUGACCAACAUCCGGGAGUCUGACCAGGGCUGGUACGAGUGCAAGGUCGUCUUCCUCAACCGGGACCCCAAGCAGCACAAGAACGGUACAUGGUUCCACUUAGACGUACAUGCACCGCCGCGCUUUAGUGUUACGCCAGAGGAUAUUAUAUACGUUAAUUUAGGUGAUUCAAUUAUACUCAAUUGCCAGGCCGACGGCACACCAACGCCGGAAAUACUCUGGUACAAGGAUGCCAAUCCCGUUGAUCCCUCACCCACGGUGGGCAUCUUCAACGAUGGCACCGAGCUGCGGAUCUCCACCAUUCGCCACGAGGACAUUGGAGAGUACACUUGCAUUGCACGCAAUGGUGAGGGACAAGUCUCCCAUACGGCCCGUGUUAUAAUCGCGGGCGGCGCUGUAAUCAUGGUGCCACCGACCAACCAAACCAAAAUCGAGGGCGACAAAGUGAUAUUCUCCUGCGAGGCUAAGGCGAUGCCCGGCAAUGUCACGGUGCGCUGGUACCGGGAGGGCUCCCUCGUCCGGGAGGUGGCCGCCCUGGAGACACGCGUCACUAUACGCAAGGACGGUUCCCUCAUCAUCAAUCCCAUCAAGCCGGACGAUUCGGGACAGUAUCUGUGCGAGGUGACCAACGGCAUUGGGGAUCCGCAGAGCGCCUCCGCCUAUCUCAGCGUUGAAUACCCCGCCAAGGUCACUUUUACGCCCACGGUGCAAUAUCUACCCUUUAAGCUGGCCGGCGUGGUCCAGUGCUACAUCAAGUCCAGCCCCCAGCUUCAGUAUGUCACCUGGACAAAGGACAAACGCCUGCUGGAACCCUACCAGAUGAAGGACAUUGUGGUGAUGGCCAAUGGUUCGCUGCUGUUUACCCGCGUGAAUGAGGAGCAUCAGGGUCAGUACUCCUGUACACCCUACAAUGCCCAGGGCACGGCUGGCGCCUCAGGGAUAAUGGAUGUCCUCGUUAGGAAACCGCCCGUCUUCACGGCAGAGCCGGAGACGCUCUACCAGCGGAAGGUGGGCGACAGCGUCGAGAUGCACUGCGACGCCCUCGAGGCGGAGGGCACCGAGCGUCCCACAAUCAAGUGGCAGCGUCAGGAGGGCGAGCAGCUGUCGGAGACGCAACGCAAUCGCAUCAAGAUCUCCGGUGGUAACAUAACGAUCGAGAAUCUGCGACGGGAGGACUUUGGCUACUACCAGUGUGUGGUCUCCAAUGAGGUGGCCACCCUGAUGGCCGUCACCCAGCUGGUGAUCGAGGGCACACAGCCACAUGCCCCAUACAAUAUCACCGGCAAGGCCACCGAGUCCUCCAUCACACUCCAGUGGUUGCCAGGAUAUAGCGGUGGCUCCGAGUACAAGCAGGAUUAUACGAUCUGGUUCAGGGAGGCUGGAGUCAACGACUGGCAGACGAUCUCUGUGACGCCCUCGGGCAGUACUCUGGUGACGAUCAAUGGACUGGCUUCGGGAACCACCUACGAAUUCCAGGUGGUGGGCAGGAAUGUCCUGGGCGAUGGAAUGAUGAGUAAAGUGAUGACCGUGCGCACUCUGGAAGACGCUCCGGCAGCGCCACGUAAUGUCAAGGCUGCAACACAACCGCCCGACUCAUUCUUUCAGCUAAUGCCAGACGAAGCUGGUCCCAAACCUGGCCCCCCGAGGAAUGUGUCCGUGACCGAGGUGUCCAAUGGAUUCCUCAUCACGUGGCAAUCGCCGCUGGAACGGGCGCACAUCGUCAAGUUCUAUACCAUCAAGUAUCGAACGGAUGCCCAGUGGAAGACCCUUAACCGGGGCCAGAUCCGGCCGGAGGAGACACAAUAUCUGGUGAAGAAUCUCGUUGGAGGACGCACCUACUACUUCCGGGUGCUGGCCAACUCGGAGAAGUCGUAUGAGUCCAGCGACGAGGUGAAGUUCCCGGUGCCGGCACGUGUCAAGCACAAGGCGAUUACCGCCGGCGUCGUUGGGGGCAUCCUGUUUUUUAUUGUUGCGAUCAUUUUAUCGGUUUGUGCCGUAAAAAUUUGCAAUAAACGUAAACGACGAAAACAGGAAAAAGAGUUCAACAUGGUAGCUUGCAGGAUAACGGACGCUCGUAACAUUGCCGCCAAUAAUCAUCAUUUGCACAAUCGCAGUACGGGCUCAAUUUCCUCUGGUCAAGUGCCUUUAAAAAACAAUACUGAACAUUACCGUGAUUAUGAAAGCGUUUUUAUAGUUCCAGGUCAUCCUGUCAUAAUCAAAAUCGUACAAACAAACCCGAAUAUCAAGUCUAACCGCCAUACUCAUUGCCAUCUCCAUUGGAUCUGGCCGCCGGAUCGGUGCACCAACUGCCAUUCCAUCUACAGCUCACCGAAUCUCGAGGACGGGGCUGAGGGCGGCCGGCGACGCUCUGUGAGUCGCAUCCAACGCAGCCUCGAUGGACGCUUUGUGCUGGAUGUGGAUGGUUCCAAGCUGGGCUACUCCCAAACCACCCUGGAUGCUGCGGUGGAUGUGGUGGACGGUGGCCUCUUUGAGCGGCGGAACAGCAAUGUCUCACAGAAAUCCUCCAGCGACGAUGGGGGUUUCCUCUCGCGCAGGAACUUUAUCACAGCACGAGCCUCCUGGCGGCGUCCCCUGGUGGCCUCCUCCAGCCAGUUGAGUCUCCAGUCGGCGGCAGACUCGGCCCGAGGCUUCCUUCAGGGUCUGCUCAAGAUCGGGGGCGUGGCCAAGCAGCCCUACUUUGACGAGGCAGCUGUGAGUGGAGCCCGCUAUCAGAAUGUCCUGCGACCCUAUGCCAGCAGCAGUUCCCACAAUCUCUAUGGAAACGCGGAUCGGAGCAGGCCGCUGCACAUCAACACCAUCAGCGGGAGUCUCAGCCAGCAGCAGUACACACCAUCCAGGAUCUCACGCAUCUUUUCCAGCUCCCCGCAGCAGCAGCAGCAUCAGCAUCUGAGCCACCUCCAGCAUCAGCAGCAACAGCAACAUCUUCUGCUCAGCAGCAGUGGGAGUGGCACCUAUCCCACGCACUUUAGCGACCUGAGCACCGUGUAUCCCCACUCUGCUGAACGCUCCACGUCAACGCACAACCUGAGCAGCAGGUAUCGCUAUUACUCCCAGGAGUUGCCCUCUUUGAGAACCAUCCAGGAGGAGACCCGCCGACAGCAGCAGCAGCAGCAGCAACAGCAGCAACACCAUCCCCUCGAGGAGCACUUUGUGCCGCUGCAGCUUCCCUCACCGCCAUCUUGGAGGAGCUACUACCAGGCUCAGGCCCAGCUGCCGUAUCACAGCUAUCGGCCUCGCACUCGCUGGUAUCCGCGGCAUCAUUCGCGUCUCUUUGGCAGCCGCCAGCAGCAUCAGCACGAGCUGCUCUCCCCGCUGCCAGAUCUUAACCUGCCACUGCGCAGCGGUCUCUCCAUGAAUCCUGGCGGCCUGGAGGCCUCACCCGAGUCCCGUUCCAGCUCGAGUGGCUUUGGGUCAAAGAACACCUCCAACCAUCCGGGCAGCACCAGUGAGUGGCGUCUAUUGCCGCCCUACAGGGCCCCACCAUCGCCGCCCAAGCACCUGGGUUACUUUGGUGCCUCACAGCCACCGGGAGGCCAACAGGCUCAGGGACAGACGCCCCAUGCCGCCGCCGCCUACUCCUAUCCGAGGGCCAACACUCCGCCCUAUACAAUGGCCCAUUGGCUGGAGAUGAUCUCAAGACUGAAUGCGGCCACCGAUAGCAACCUGCCCAAGGCCGGCGCCGUCUGUCCCGUGGAUGUGGGCAGCGUGGAUGGUCACUAUGAGUUCGACCCAGCCACGCCCACGCCCAGUGCCUCCAGCAUGCUGCGAGAAGAUCUCAAUCUGCAUAUAGACACGCAGUUGCAUCCAUUCCAUCCCUAUCACCAUCAUCAUCAUCACACACUGGGUCCGCUGAGUGGGAGUCUGUUGCACAGCCACGCCCCCUACUCCAGCUCGGGGGGUAGGGGAGGAGGCAAGGCCAGAUCCCUGCCCCUUCACCUGCCGACGCGAUACGACAACGUGGAGGUGAGGCUUCAGGCCAUGCGGGAGGAGUUCUAUGCCUAUCGCAAGCGCCAGGCCAUGCAGCAAAUGGAGAGCGUCUGUUGAGCCAUUGAAGCGUUUAAUUGGGAUAACCAGGAGCCACUCCCAGGUGCACAUCCGCAAAGCUUUUGUGCUUCAAUUGGCAACGCGUUACCCACAGAGGUAGAGAGUUGGAGGCGACACAUGAUACUCGUAGACACUGGAUCAGGCCCCCGCAUUCGGAGAGGAACUUAAAAAGUUUGGACCCUGCAAGACCCCAUCACCCCAAGUACCCCCAAGAAACAAUUAGUAGAUUUAGAUGGAGAACGAGGAGGGAGAGCUGUGUACAUAUAUUGCAAGGGGAUGCACCAUUCCCACAAGUUUAAGCAUAAUAUUUAAACAAAACUAUAGCAAUUAUAGCAACAUAUUAUUACAGAAAUCGAUAAAUGGAUAUUUAACGAAAGCAAAUGAACAAAUUACCAAUUACAAAUAGAUAUUAUUUAACACUCGUGUUGGAGCAUUAAACAUUAAAUUAACGAAAUCCACAGUGCGUAAGCCUAAAUUAUGUUCAUUACGAAAAACUAAACUAAAACUAAAGUUAAUACGGAAUAUGCUAGACAUUAAGCAUUUAGUUGUUAACAACUAAUAAAGCGCAGAAAACGUAAUUAAAGAAAACAAAAAUGAAAACGAAAAAAACAUAUAGA